CUAUUUGGGAAAAAAAAACACAAGAACAAGACCGAGCAAAACAAGCCAAAUAUGGCAAAAACCGAAACAAGCAAAGGCCAGAGGGAAACGGGACAAACCGCUUACUAUCUGAUUCCAAUCAAUCCAACAAUUAAAAACGAUUCUUAAACAUUUUUCUCAGCUCGUGUUCAAGUACUGAAGCUGCUGCGAGAGUCUACCAUCCUCCGUCGUUCGUCACCGCCAUGGCCACCGACUUCAAGUCAAUACCCAUCAUCGAUAUUGCUCCUCUUUUGGCCAAAUCCGAUGAUCCAAAAAUGGGCCAGGACCCGGAUGUCGCUCAAGUUGUCAGACAAUUGGAUCGAGCUUGUAAAGAAGCUGGCUUUUUCUAUGUGAAAGGACAUGGUAUUCCCAAGACUCUGCUGAAACAAGUCAAGAAUCUGACACGCAAGUUUUUUGAGCUUCCAUACGAAGAAAAACUCAACAUCACAAUGUCUGCUGAUAGCGGAUUCAGAGGAUAUCAGAGAAUUGGAGAUAAUAUUACCAAAGGUGUACCUGACAUGCAUGAAGCUAUUGAUUGCUAUAAAGAAUUGAAACCAGGGAUGUAUGGAGAUCUUGGAAAACCAAUGGAAGGACCUAACCAAUGGCCAGAUAAUCCCCCAGAAUUUAAGGUACUAAUGGAGGAAUAUAUCAGCCUUUGCACAUGUAUGUUUUCCAUGGAUAACAAACUUUUUCCCUUUUUUCCAUGCUUUUUAUCUUUCCAUAUUCUCCUGGUUACAAGCUUUUGUUUCUCGUUCCUUUCAGGCCUUUCAAAAAAGAUCAUGCGUGGAAUUGCUUUAGCACUGGGUGGAUCACCAUAUGAAUUUGAAGGUGAUAGAGCUGGAGAUGCAUUUUGGGUGAUGCGUCUUAUUGGUUACCCAGCUGCACGCUCUCCAAAUGCCUCGGACAUUCCAAAAAAUGACGUCGGAUGUGGAGCUCACACUGAUUAUGGUUUGUUGACAUUGGUUAAUCAGGAUGACGAUAUAACUGCACUUCAGGUGAGAAACCAUUCCGGUGAGUGGAUAUCAGCUCCUCCUGUUCCUGGGACAUUUGUCUGCAAUAUCGGAGACAUGCUAAAGAUUUACUCGAAUGGUUUAUACGAUUCCACUUUGCAUCAAGUUAUCAACACCGCUCCAAAAUACCGGGUCUGUGUAGCGUAUUUCUAUGAGACAAAUUUUGAUACAGCAGUGGAGCCUUUGGAUUUUUGUGUGGAUAAGACAGGUGGAUCUAAGAAAUUCGAAAGAGCUGUUUAUGGAGAACAUUUGGUUAACAAGGUCCAAACAAACUUCGGUUAAUAGUCGAAAUAUUAGUGUAUGAAGCACUUUAGCAUCUAUUGUAUAUAGUGAACGAAUCCUGUUAAUUUGGUGAAACUACUUUUUGAAUUGGUUCACAUCGAAUGCUAAUGACCAACCCCCUACCCCCAAGAUUGGGGGUUUGUAAUUGGAAAGCGAUUGAAUUCCAACAAAAUUUUUAGGA